CUAAAAUAUUUGAAAUUAAUCUUCCAGCAAGGUACGUGCGGCUUCAAUGCCGAUUUAGCCAUCUGCAACAUCAGUGACUGGGGGAUUCUGCCGAAGAAGGAGGACGCCCUGGCCUUUGCUCUGUGGAAGGUGGGACCUCUUGCUGUCAGUUUGAAUGCCGCUCCGUCGUCGUUCCAGUUGUAUCAAUCCGGCAUUUACGACAGUACUGACUGUACCAGUGCGACACUGAACCAUGCAAUGCUGCUCGUCGGAUACACCCCAACCUAUUGGAUUAUCAAAAACUGGUGGUCGAAAACGUGGGGCGAGAAUGGUUACAUGAGGAUGGUUCGCGGCAAGAAUAUGUGUGGAAUAUCUAAUUACGCAGCUUACUGUACUAUAAAAUAAGUAACGCAUAGGACUGAUUAUGAAUAA